AGGCCGCGUGCGCAGAUUCAAACCCGUUUCCGGAAGAAGGCUGGGCGCGAGAUUCGGCGGGAUGGACAAAAAAUGAAACAGAAUGAGUGGAAAAAACACACGCGCUGAGAACACAGUACAGAGUGACAGUACAGAGGGGUGGGUUUGUGUUCAAGGCGGGCAAGAUUAACACAAACUUAUAUUUAUGGAUUUUCUUCUUCUACUAUUUUGAGAUCGCACUAGAAGUUUUCUAUUUUUUUCUUUUAUUAUUUAAUAAUAAGCAUUUUGGAAGGGCAUUUUUCAUUUUCUCAUAUUUAUUGUAUAAGGGCUCUUGGGGAUGUGACAGUACGGAUCUGAAGCUUUUCGCGGAAAAUAGACCCAUGUGUGACAGUGCCAUGUGUGGAUAAAUGUCAUCUGUGUGUUUUGAUUUCAAGAAGAAUUGCAACAUUGGAUGUUUUAAAGCAUUUUCUUUUGAAAAGAACUGGACUUUGACACAGUUGACAUGGCCAAUAUGAAGUCUCGCAGUGAAGAUGAGGAUGAUGAACGUCAUUCUACAGAUCCUGACAGCAGGGACCCCAAGAAUUCUAAAAAGACCCUGUGCAAAAUUAAAUGGUCCCGGGAUGAGGAUGAGAAGCUAAAGAAGCUUGUUGAGCAACACGGAAGCGAUGCUUGGAAAUUAAUCGCCAAUUAUUUCCCAACAAGGACAGAUGGUCAAUGUCAGCACCGUUGGCAAAAGGUGCUCAACCCGGAGCUGGUGAAAGGACCCUGGACAAAAGAGGAGGAUCAGAGGGUGAUUGAAUUGGUUCACAAGUAUGGGCCCAAACGGUGGUCAGUGAUUGCCAAGCACUUACAGGGCCGCAUAGGCAAACAGUGCCGAGAGCGCUGGCACAAUCACCUCAACCCAGAAGUGAAGAAAUCCUCCUGGACCCAGGAAGAAGAUCGAAUUAUCUAUGAAGCACAUAAACGUCUGGGCAACCGCUGGGCUGAGAUCUCAAAGCUGCUGCCUGGAAGGACAGACAAUUCCAUUAAGAAUCAUUGGAACUCCACCAUGCGCAGGAAGGUAGAACAUGAGGGUUACUUGCAGGAUGGCAGCAAGAGCUACAGUAGUGACUCUGGCCAGAAGAAACGGACCAAAUCCAGUCCAGCUGUGGAAUAUCCACAUGACCAAAUGAUCAUGAGCAGCCAAUCACAGCCACCCAGAUAUCCGUAUGGUUCACAAAGUGACCAGUGUAUGGAAAACUUAAGUGUCGAGAUCUCUAGCUUUAUGACGCCAUGCCAUGAUGACCCAGACAAAGAGAAAAGAAUUAAGGAGCUAGAGCUGUUGCUAAUGUCAGCUGAGAGUGAAGUCAGAAGACAGUCGGGCACUCGUAAUCCAGAGAGCUACUCCAGCUGGUCAGACAGCCUGCCUGAUGAUACUGUCACCACCACAGAGAGUGUGGAUGACAGAGGGGUGGAGCUGUGCCGUUUAGAGGAGGGCCCUCCUGCUAGGAUGCCUCUGCCUGUCUCUCCCAGCAAGUUCCUGGCUGCUGAGGCCAGUGCUGUGCUGUCCACACUAGAGACCAUUCCAGAGUUUGCGGAGACCAUGGAGCUCAUUGACUCAGACCCUUUGGCCUGGAGUGAUGUGACCAGCUUUGAUCUUUCUGAGGGAGGCCCCUCCCCAAAGCCCACUAACCCCACUGAGGUUUGUCCAACCCUGGAGAGGUGCACAGAAAACCUUGCCUACUCAAUAAAUGCUUCCACUGUCCCAGCGAUGAGUAGGCAGGGCAAGUCUGUGGCUCUCUCCAACACCUGCAUGAAUAGAUUCAGCUCUCCACCAGCGUCCAUGAUGAGAAAGAAGAGGAGAGAGAGAGAGGAUCAGUCACCUGCAGAUGAAAGGAACUGCGGUGCUUUUAUAGACAACAGUGGGAAUUCGCCAAAAAACACCCCUGUCAAAGGCUUGCCAUUCUCCCCCUCUCAGUUUUUCAACGUGUCCGGUGGUGAGCCCUUGAGUCUCGACAAUCCUGCUCUUACAUCCACUCCAGUGUGUGGACAGAAAUGCCUCCUCAGUACACCCCACCAGAGAGAAACUACACCAAAACAUCAGAAGGAGAACGCAGGUUUUAGGACCCCGAAACUCCAUAAGAAUGUUAUAAUCCACACUCCAAGAACACCCACCCCAUUCAAAAACGCCCUGGCAGCCCAGGAGAAGAUGCACGGCCCAUUAAGAAUGGUGCCCCAACCACUGGCACUUCUUGAGGAGGACAUCAGAGAGGUUCUGAAAGAGGAAACAGGGUCUGACAUCUUCACACAAGUGCAGAACCAACUUCAGUACAGAUCUUACGAGCAGAUGGAAGCUCCUGCAAGGAAAGUGAGAAAGUCUCUGGUAUUGGACAACUGGGACAAAGACUGUUUGAAUGUGCAGCUGUUUCCCCAACAGCAGAUUAACAACAAUGCAGCGUCUCACAGUGACGGCCUACUGACCAGAUCCAUGCUCAUGAUGCCAUUGACCGAGAGAGAGGAGAACUCUUGCUCUCCUGGACCACUGAAGGAUUCGCUUUCCAUAGUAUGUUCCCUUAGCCCACAGGGCAAGAGAGAAAACAUGACCCAGAGGAGCCCACCUUACCAAACACCCACUCCGGCCAACAGCAAUUGGGAGGCAGUGGUUUUUGGGAAAACGGAGGAUCAGCUGAUCAUGACGGAGCAGGCGAGGCGUUACUUAAACACCAACCCCACCGCCUGCAUUUCCAGAGCUCUCGUCCUUUAAACAUCACUUCUGCACUACAGCAACCCGUCCUCUUUUCCUCUAUCACACCGACAUUUAACCUCUCCGACAAUCUGGUGUAGGAAACAGAAACACUCACUUUGAUGUUUGCUAAACACCUACUGAUAUAACAAUGUACCGCUUAGGGAAAAAAAAAAAGCUUGUAUGGAAAUGUAGUCAAAAUACAAAUAGCCCUAGAUUUGCAGAAUUUAGCUAACGGUAUUUUAACAUAGUUAUUUUUAUCAUUUUUUAGCCGUAAAAAGUGUGCUGAUUUUAAGGGCUGCUUUUCAAUGAACUUUUUUAAGAAGGAAUAAAUCGUAUAAAUGACAUUUUCAGAUAGUUUUUAAGCUCUUUUUAGAGGAGGUGUUAAGGAUAGGGGAGCACUGGCAGUGUUGCACUACUGUGGUUGUUUGUUAGGGUGAGGAGCAGAGACAGUGUUGAGGAGUAACUGGAUAGCACUUGCAACGUAAUCGUUUCCGCUCCAAACGUAACAAAGGUUCCACCCCGAUUAUUAUUAUUUUUUUAUUCUUUUUACGAGUAGGACACUCACUGAAUGUAUUGUAUAGUGUGAAUUUGCUAAGUUAACGUCUACUGGAAGGUACCUCGAUCGUUUUGUUUUUUGUUUUCCAUUAUUUUUUGCUGUAAAGUGAAGGUUGUUGAAAUGAAUUGUACUUUGAACAUCUGGAGAGGCGUAAAAUCGCUGUCUUGCAUGUUUGCAACUGAAGUCUAAAUCCAGCAUCGUCGCUGCUUAUGAAAUUGUUCUCAGUUUAGCCGAAAUCAUGUUUGGUACCGAUAUCAAUGCGCACGUCGCAUUAUAAAUAACACGUUCCAAGAACAGAUACAUAGGUGAGAUUUGUUUGUUUAGAGCUGUAGGUUCUAUUUAUUAAAUCUUUACUAAUUUAUUUAUUUCAAAGAUAUAAAGAAAAUCUUUAAUUAUAUUUCUGUUCCGUUGAAGAUUUGACUACCUUCCAUCACAUAUUUCUGAUUUCAAUAACACUGACACUAAUUUCUUGGCCUGUACAGUAAAUUUAACAUCCUUUCAAAGGUUCCGUCCUCUUUACACCAAUUGGUUGACCAUAAAAGUAGCAGCAUUCAGCCUCCAAAUGUGGGGAAAUUGCACUUUUUAAAUAUUAUAUAAAUGUUGGUUUGUCAUUAUUAGUAUCUAUUGUUUUAUGCCCUCUGUAGUGUUUACGUUUUGUUGUAUGUGGGUAUUUUUAGUGGUGGCUGAAUGUAUUUAAACAUAUCGUUAACACUGACGGGUCAGGAUGACAUCCGAAGGGGAAAAUGAUCUAAACGUAGUUCCUCUCCCACUUUCUCGCUCUCGAAAAAUGUUCAUAAGGUUUUGCUCGCUGCUACUGAGAGUUACAGCAGGAAUGAAUACAAGCACAAUCGACUGAAGGAAGUGUUUGACAAUUGCUUUGCUCUCAUAUGAAGUGAAAUGUUGAAUGAAAUGUCAUGUUUUAUUAUUUUAUACUGAGAAGAACCCAUGUAAAAUAGUUCCAGGUUAUUUACAUUGAUAAGUUAGUGUGAGCAAAAAAAGACCCUGAUGUUAAAGGAUUCGGCAGUAUUAGCGUUAAGUAUUGGGGUUUUAACAUUUUUAAUGAUAACUGAAUAACACACAGUCUUAUUCAAAUUGAGGAUGAUGUUUUGUAAAAAGUUUAUAUUUUCUGAUUGUAACCCAGAUAUUAAAAUGCAAAAACUGACCAUCUGUAUUCAAAGAAACACUACACAUUGUAUCUCUCAUCAAAUCUGCGAGAGAUUCAUUUAUUUUGGCUCACAUAACAUUGUAGAUAACUGCUUAAUGUGUUUUUGUCUUCAUUUUACUGUCUAAAUGUUUGUCUUGUUUGUUGGUAUUUCCUUUUUUCUGUAGACUUGAGGAAAGCAAGUAUAUGUAGCAAACUGACAUGCAUGAAAACAAGCAGCACACUUCAACUGACAUACUCAUUUCUCAUGCAAUAUGUUACACAUUUGACAUUUUUUCCGCAAAACAAUUAUAACCUGCUUCUUUGAUAUUACAACAAACUUGUCAAAUAGCCAUGUUGUCAUUUACACACCUAAAAAUAAAAAAAUAUGCUCUUCAAA